AUUUUAUUUUUCUCUUUGUAGUGGACAAAUCUAAAAUGAAGCUUGAGAUUAAAUGUGAUAAAACCAAUCGCAUAUGGAAGGUUUUCCAGCGACUCGACAGAUUGAGAAAAGAUAAAGAUCGUUGUGAUGUUCUAUUCAAGGUUGGAUCUGAUGAAUCCUGGCUCAUAAGAAUGGGUUGUCUGCGAACUCGGAUUAUUUUGAUAAGAUGUUUGCGCAUGACACGAAGGAAAAUCAAUCAGGAAUAUGUGAAAUGAAAGAAGUUGAUGCAUUUUGUGUUAAAAAAUGUGUUGACUACAUGUACAGCUGUGAAAUUGCGGCUCCAUUUGAAAAACUUGGUGAUUUAUUGCAUGUUGCCACAUUAUUGCAACUUGAUGAAGUUUGUAGCGGAAUCGUGGAACUUCUUGAAACAAAUCUGAGUCCAGAAUCAGUAUUUGAAACCAGAAAAGUUUCCAAAAUUUUCAGUCUGACAAAUCUUGAAGAAAUAUGCAACCAAUUCAUUUUGAAUAAAUUUGAAGAAAUCUCAAAGGUCGAUGAUUUUGGUUUGCUUGUUAAAAAGGAAGUUGUGAACAUGAUAAAAUCAGAAGAAUUAAAAGUUUCAGAGGAUGUGAAGCUCAAUGCUGUAUUCAACUGGAUUAAGUUUGAUUCCAGAAGUCGUAAAAAAUUUGCAGACGAUCUGAUUGGAUUGGUUGAUUUAUCCAAACUGUCUUUUGGGUAUCGGAGAUAUGUCAUCGCCAAUGAAGACAUUGUCAGAAAAAAUGCUGAUCGUCAGUUCAAAUUCAGCAUGUCCGUUAUGGACUCCAUGAAUAUUACGCCAUCGAGCGUUGCUGAAAAUACGGGCAAAGAAGUCAUUGUUGUUUUUGAUAAAAAAUCUGGCCACCUUUAUGUUCAAUAUUUUGGGGUUUUGAGCCAUGCUCUACAAGAUGGUGGUCUUGAAAUCCUGAAUUUCUCAAUAAUAAAAAUUUUAGCUGGACUUAGGAAUGCUAUAAUUUUAGAGGUGUUGAGAACAGGCCUAUGUCCAAUAUGAUGGACUUAGGCCCUUUCAGCCCCACAUAUUUACUGUCAAAAUGAACAUAGGCCCAUUCUAUGCCAAAGUUUAGAAUCAAGUAGUCCCAAAGAACAUGAAAAAAUAAAUAUGAUUGGCUGAAACAAAUUAUUCAUUGUGAUGAAGACAACUGAUAAAGCAUAUUGCAGUUAU